AUGGUCUAUAUCUGGACGUUUCAAAUAGAGCUUGAAAAGGGACACGAUAAUGAUAGCGGCGGAGGGGAUAGCUACCAGGACUCCAAGCAGGGAGAUAAGUGCUUCGGUGGAGAGCGCCAUGAUUCAAUCUCCUGCACACCCUAUUCGCUCCUUGGUGCUCAGUUGUUUUCUUACGCGGUUCGCUCUCAGAACAACGCAAAUGCCCUUCAACUACUUAAUGACGGGUUCACUGCUUACCGACGAGCAUGCCUCGACCCCCUCAAGUCCAAAAACGCUUGGGAGGCCCAGAAGGAACGAAUUCACUCUCUUUAUAUCGCCAAGGACCGUACUUUGAGGGAAACUACCAAGGAGAUGAAGGUGACUCAUGGCUUUGACGCAACACAAAGGGAAUAUGUCAAACGGCUCAAAUCUUGGGAGAUGUUCAAAAAUGCCAAGAUGCAAGAUUGGAAGCAUGUUCGGGAUCGCGACCUGGAUAAGAAGGAUACAAGGGUAAGCAUCAGCGGCAAGGUUAUCAGCUGCGAGAGGGUAAAGCGGGCAACACGACGAUACAGAUUUGCACCUGAUGGCGCUCCGGGACCAAUAGCACCGCAUCAUUUGCCUAGUCGAGGGAUUGACAUUCGUACGCCAUCUGCUGUCCCAGCCCCCCUCCCAGGUUCCAGCGACCGCGACAUGCCAUCACGCAAGGACCAGAUAGACCUCAUGCUCCUCCAUCUUGGCCGCAUAAUAUCCAGUCUUGGCGGGUCUAAAAUGGCCGACCGUAGAAAGGGAAGGGGGGCCAGCAGCUAG